AUGGCUGGCAAAGACGAGCCAAAGACCAUGCGAGCAUGGCUGUAUAGUUCUGUCGCAGGAGGACUUGAGAAGAACUUGAAGCUCUCCGAGGCUACAGUCAAGCCUGUGGCCAAGGACCAAAUACUGGUCAAGGUCCACAGCACCUCGGUAAACCCGGUUGACUACAAGAUCCCUGAAUUGGGCAUGUUGGCCCGGUUCAUGGUCGCAAUGCCGGCCGCGCCGGGCGGUGACUUUGCCGGCACAAUCGCCGAGGUCGGUGAAGGCAUUAAAUCUGCCGAUGCAUUCCGUGUCGGCGAGAAAGUUUUUGGCAACGUCGCUCCUCAGCAGUACGGCACCUUUGCAGAGUAUAUAGUCGUCAAGCCGGAAAACAUCGCCAGCCUGCCAGACGGCGUCAGCGAGGCAGAUGCCAGCUGUGUCGGCACUGCGGGCCUGACGGCGUACCAGAGCAUUGUUCCGCACGUCAAGUCUGGCGACAAGGUCUUCAUCAAUGGUGGAUCCGGAGGUACCGGCACCUUUGGAAUCCAGAUGGCAAAGGCUGUCGGCUGCCAUGUCACCACGAGCUGUUCUAGCAAGAACGUCGAGCUGGUCAAGGGACUUGGGGCCGACGACGUGAUCGAUUAUACCAAAGAGAAUGUGAGUGAGGUAUUGAAAUCCAGAGGUCAGAUCUUCAACCAUGUGGUCGACAAUGUGGGAUCCCCAAGUGAUCUUUUCAAGGCGGCAGACCACUAUCUCGUGCCCAGUGGAAAGUUCAUGCAGGUCGGCGGUGAAAUGUCACUCGGGUCAAUGAAGUCCAUGGCUUCGCGAGCAAUUCUUCCCUCGUUCUUGGGCGGAGGAAGCCGGAGCUGGCAGUUCAUGAUGAUGAAGGUCAAUCACGAUGAUUAUGUCCAGAUUGGAAAGUUGAUGAAGGAAGGCAAGGUCAAACCUGUGAUCGAGGAGACAAUUGACUAUCAGAAUGCACCCAAGGCCAUUGAAAGAAUCAAGUCGGGUCGCACUAGAGGCAAAGUCGUUGUCCAACAUUCCAACUAG